ACAUGCGCUCACGCGCCCUCCCGUGGGUCGACUUAAGCAGCACGACGGAAGUGUGAGAGAGUCGCAGGUGGCGGAAGGAGAUGUGACCUAAACACCUGAAAACCCCCCAGAAUCACUGGCCAGCUUUUCUCCAGUCUGCAGUGUUGGACGGUGUGAAUGCGAAUGGAGGAUGUCUAGACGGGGAUGUUUCAAGAGUUCAAAGAAAGGGGCGUCCACAGAGCAAUGCGAGGCGCCUCAGGAGUCAGGGAUUCAUGUUUACCUGUUCUGGACCAAAAAUGGAGAUUGUUAUCUGACUCACCAGGAUGGUGAGGUGACAGCAGAGGAACUCUCGAUCCAGGCAGCAGAAGUUGUCGGGAUCACACCAGUAUGCCAUGUUCUGUUUGCGCUCUAUGACCCCGGGUGCUCCUGUUGGUACAGUCCUAACCACAGAUUCGACCCAAAAAAACAGUCGAACCUGAUACUUCACUUCCGCAUGAGGUUCUAUUUCCGGAACUGGCAUGGACUUAACGAGAAGGAGCCGAUGGUGACGCGUUACGCAACUCAGACAGGGAGCAAUCAUGGAGCCGCACCUCUGCUGGAGCUCGCGUCUCUGGAGUACCUGUUUGCUCAAGCAAAAUGUGAUUUUGUGAACGACGUGACGUCGCUGGAUGAUGUGUCGGGUGAGCAGGAGAUCAGCAGCUUUAAAAAUGAGAGCUUGGGCAUGGCUGUGCUGCACUUAUCUCACAAGGCUCUGCAGAAUGGAACCUCUCUACAGGAAGUGGCCAAACAGACCAGCUUCCUGCGCUGUAUCCCCCGUUCAUUCUCUCGCAACCUCGCCCAAGACAACUUUCUAACGAAGUUACGCAUCCGCCGCGUGUUUGCCGACUUUGUGCGAAGCUUCCAGCAGCAUACAGUGGGCCAGGGCAGGCUCUGCUCUCAGGAAGUCAUGUAUAAGUACCUGUCCACUCUGGAGCGUCUGGCUCCCCGCUUUGGAACCGAGACCUUUUCUAUCUUCCACCACACCCUGAGGCCGGACAGCGACGGCAGCGGCUCGUAUCUGAACGCCUCGCGAGCGAGCGAGCCUGCUGAGGAGAUGACCUGCGUUCAGCCCACACACGAGGUCAUGGUGUCUGGCAACACUGGCAUCCAAUGGAGGAAGAUUCAGGCCCAGAGGGCUCAGGAAAACAGCUAUAUGGGAAACGACUACUUGAAUAAGAAGAAACGAGAAAAGCAUGACGCUGGCCAACAAGACAAUACCACUCCAGAGAGCUGGAAAGUGUUCUGUGACUUCCCUGAUAUCUCCCACAUUGCUAUAACAGGAGCAAAUGUCUGCAUCAGCCAGCAAGACAACUUUGCAAUGGACUUGCGCUUAAAAUCUGCUCUUGAGGCACGCUCUCUGGUGUCUCUGCUCGAUGGGUACUUCCGCCUGACGGCUGACGCUCACCACUACCUUUGCCAUGAGGUGGCACCACCCAGAGUGGUCCUGAGCGAGGCCAACGGCCUUCACGGUCCAAUACUCGAUGAGUUCGUCCUGCAGAAGCUGAAGAAGGAAAAUGUCGAAGACGGCGCAUAUUUAGUUCGCUGGAGCAUUCUGGACUACAGACGUAUCAUAUUAGCAGUUCUGAGUGGGACCGAGGAUGGACAGGCUCCAACACAUAAGCAGUUCAGGAUCGUGCAGAAAGGCUCUGUGUUUACGCUAGAGGGCUGGGACCGAGAGUUCUCGAAUGUGAAGGAGCUCACUGACAGCCUGAAGACCUUUGUGCUUAAGUCUGGCCAAGACUGCUUCACUGUGAAGAAGUGCUGCCUGCCCAGACCUGCAGAGCUGUCAAACCUCCUAGUGAUUAGACAGGACACAAACAAGACCAAGCCUUCAACCUGUGAAAGCUUCAAUCUGAGCCAACUGAGAUUCCAUCAAAUUAAAGACAAGGAGCUAAUACAGGAACAGCAUUUAGGUCGUGGCACCCGGACCAACAUAUACUCUGGUCGCUUGUUGGUGCGCAGCGGAGUGGAAGACGAUGAGGACGAGUGGAACAACAAUCACACCAAUGAAAAAGGCAUUCGUGUGGUUCUGAAGAUCCUGGAUCAGAGCCACAAGGACAUAGCGCUGGCAUUCUUUGAGACUGCUAGCCUCAUGAGUCAGGUGUCUCACUCUCACCUGGUUUUUGUGCAUGGUGUUUCAGUCAAAGGAUCUGAGAACAUCAUGGUGGAGGAGUUUGUCGAGUUCGGCCCAUUAGAUGUCUUCCUGCACAAAGAGAAGGCUCGUGUGACUCCUCAGUGGAAGUUUACAGUGGCCAAACAGCUGGCCAGUGCACUUUGUUAUCUUGAAACGAAACGCUUGGUUCAUGGAAAUGUGUGUGCGAAGAAUAUUCUGGUUGCUCGCAAGGGUCUGGAGGAGGGCACAUUUCCGUUCGUGAAGCUGAGUGACCCGGGCAUCGCUCUUACUGCACUCUCACGUGGAGAACGGGUGGAGCGCAUCCCGUGGAUCGCACCAGAGUGUGUGCCUUGCGGAUCUGUAAUAGGCAGUGCUGCGGAUAAGUGGGGCUUUGGAGCCACGCUGCUGGAAAUCUGCAACAAUGGAGAUCUGGUCAUGAGUGGCAGUACUUUGCCUGAGAAAGAGCGUUUCUAUGAAACCCAAAGCCGCCUGGCAGUCCCUUCAUCUCAAGAGCUGGCCAGCUUUAUCAGCAUGUGUCUCACUUAUGAGUCAGCAGCUAGGCCUUCAUUCCGGACUAUUCUACGGGAACUAACAGAAAUACAGAUAAAGAACCCAGACAUUUCUUCUGACUAUGAGGCACUUCCAGACAGAGAUCCCAGUAUUUUCCUUAAGCGGCACCUAAAGAAGAUCCGAGACCUGGGAGAGGGCCAUUUUGGUAAAGUGAUGCUGUACGUGUAUGACCCUGCUAACGAUGGCACUGGAGAGUAUGUGGCAGUGAAGACCCUCAAGCAAGAAGGGGGCAAUCACCUCCACGACUCUUGGAUGAAGGAGAUUGAAAUCCUCAAAUCUCUCUAUCAUAACAACAUUGUCAAGUAUAAAGGCUGCUGCACUGAACUGGGUGGUCAGGUGGUCCAACUAAUCAUGGAGUACCUUCCAUUGGGCAGCCUUCGCGAUUACUUGCCCAAACACCGCCUGGGAUUCACACAGAAUCUGCUCUUCGCCCAACAGAUCUGCCAGGGAAUGGAUUACCUGCACACGAAACGAUACAUCCAUCGGGAUUUGGCUGCUCGCAACGUUCUUUUGGAGAAUGAGGGAGUGGUGAAGAUCGGUGACUUCGGCUUGACUAAGUACAUUCCUGAGGGCGAGGUGUAUUACCGGGUUCGGGAGGAUGGCGACAGCCCUGUGUUCUGGUAUGCCAUCGAGUGUCUGAAAGAAAGCAAGUUUUCCUUUUCUUCGGAUGUCUGGUCUUUUGGUGUAACGCUGUAUGAGAUCCUGACACGCUGUGACCAUCGUCAAAGUCCACCUGCGAAAUAUGUCGACAUGAUGGGGAUGGUACAAGGUCAGAUGACUGUAAUGAAAUUGAUUAGCCUCUUGGAGAAACACAGGCGGCUGCCGUCCCCUCGGGACUGUCCACACGAGGUGUACAUGUUGAUGGAGCAGUGCUGGCACUUCACACCAGCGCAGCGUCCAACAUUCCAGUCUCUGGCGGAGUCUUUGGAGGAAAUUCGUCGUACCUACGAGGAACCUGCUUUGCGACUUGCUCAGAUUAACCAUCGCUGACCACGUUUACAGAGCUAUUUAUGCCAUUUCUUGAUGAUGUGAGCAGAUUGACAGCUUUGGCUCUAAAACAGGCAUUGCUUAAGUGUUCUAGUAACAAGUCAGGCCGCUCCGAUCCUUAAGCACUUUUUGGUCUAUGUUUUUUUGUGUUAAAGAAAUUGAGUGUUUACUAAAGUUAGUACAGCAAUGAAACUUUAUAUCUUGCUGUGACUAAUUGUUGUAAAUAGAUACAUUACAGGUAUUUUAAAUGUUUAUUUUUAUGAUUUACUGCUCUGCCUUAAACCGAUAUACAGAAAGUAUAUAAAGACUAUUUUUCUUCUAUUUUUUAUUUUUUCUUUAUUGUCAUCUCUUUUCUUUUUAUUACAAACUUAAAUGUAAAUGCAAAUAUAAACCAAAGUCAGUAAUAUGUUGUAAAAGGGCUUAAUGGCUUUGCCUCUCUGCACCUUAUUAGUUAUUGGUUUUGUGAAAGGUUAAUCUAUGCUAAAAGCUUUUUUUUUUUUUUUUAAUUGUAUUUAUUUUCCUCUUUUAUAAAAUGAGUAAUUCUACAUGUAAUAGUCAGUGGAUUCCAGCAUUAUAUAGAAUGCUCAGAGAUUCAUUGUGAGAUGGAUGGAUGGAUGGAUGGAUGGAUGGAUGGAUGGAUGGAUGGAUGGAGUAUACACACCAACAUGGCUUAAUUAAAAGUCUGUUUCUCAAACCUUUGAAAAGUUUUAGGUUGUUAAAUGUUAUGUACCAUAGAAAUCCAUAUAGAUCAUAUAAUAAUGAUUUUAAUACUAUCUCAGGGUACUAUUUUUGUUGUGACCUGAAAUCACUGAUAAUACUUAAAGGCAAAGGAGAAUUGUUUGUCCGAAUAAUAAUACUCCAACGAACGAAGUCACCGAUAUUCAAUUCAGUUUUCAAAGUCAAAAUCAAACAUUUGUUUUCCAUUUUUACCGUAAAUGAUUUUAGCUGAGGAAAUCUUGUUUUUGUGUAGGGGUAAAAUAAAUGUUAUUACUUAGAUCAUGAGUCUUCAACAGGUGGUCCAAAGCAGUACUGCAGAGGGUCCGCUAAUUAAUGUUGUGUAAUAAAUAGUUUUUGAAAAAAAUAAAUAAAUAAACAAACAUGGGAAAAACAUCAAAGAUAAAAUAUUUAAUUGAAAAAAUAUAAUUACUGCAUUAAAGUUCUAUUAAACUUAAAGAUCAUGUAAAUGUAUAAUUGUCCAUCGGACAGUAAAACUAAAUAUUAGGUUCUAAAAUUGUAGCUGAAGUUUAUGUAAAUGUAUAAUAGUCCACCUGCAAAUCUAUUAAAAUAAAAUACAACUUUCCAAAUAUGUAUGAAAACAUGAAAAUAUACAGAAAAUGUUGCAUGUACAACAUCGUUCUAACUGUCUUCACUUAAUAUAACUAACGUAAUAUGCUUCGUUUCUAUUAAUAUUAGUGGCUAUGUUUCACACACUUUUUUCAGGGUUCUCUGCUCCAUUUCUCUAUCACCUAAUGUUGAAGACCAUUGACUUAUAUUGCUAGAAUUUUUACUUUUUUUUUUUUUUUUUACCACAGUAAUGUUUUGUCUUAAAAUCAUCAUAUUCAAUCAUAUUCAGCACCUGUAAGUUAUCAUAUUUUCCAUUCAUUUUUUUUUUUUUCAUUUUUCUUUUUUUAUGUAUAUGAUUCAAUGAUUGUAAAGUAUAACUCAACUUUCCUAGAGCACUCUGAAAUUAGAUGGAACUCAAGACUUCUAGAGAAAUAACAUUGAUGUCUGACUUGCAUUCAUACACACGUCUUUGUUAGGCCAUAAACAUGUUUGUUUUUUAUUUUUAUUUAUUUCAUUGUGCAGUGAUGAAUGUUAGAUGCAAAACUGAACCUAUGUAAUUGAUAUUAAUGCUACUUUCCUUGCUGUGUGAAAGUAAAACAUGAAAAAAACUUAAUGAUGUGUAGUACUAUUUAAGGUCUAAAUAAACAUGUAAGGUGUAAAAGGUUA